CAUCGAGGUGCUGAGUGAGCUCAGACGUCUACUUACUUAGCGUCAGCUGGGAUACCUAUUUGGAAACAUCGGCUUAAGAUUGUUAGGCAAAGCUGUAAGGAAAAACAACCGGAAAUAUUUAGUACAUUCGCCUAAUUAGGUCUUGCUCCAUUCGCAUUCGAACAAAAAUAAAGAGGAGGCAAGUGACGUCGUUUGUAAAGCAGGCUUGGCUAUAGUCCUUCAGCUAGCUAGCUGGCGUGCUAACAAAGAAAAUCUUCUCAGAAAAGGAGUAAUCCUCACUAUUUUCUUUAGUUAUGAGUCAUGUGGUCGUCGAUAAUUCACACGGUCUAGAUCAGCAGCUUUCUGCCCUAGACUUGAAUUCUGCUGAUGGGCAGGGUGGAGGCACUGGCAGGCGCUACAUUCCUCCACACUUGAGAAACAAAGAUGCCGCAAAAAAUGCAGGGAUUGCUUAUUCCUCUGGUAGACAGAGCGGUUAUUCAGUGCCACCAGUACUGAGCUUUUCUCCUAAACAGUUUCCUCAGACUUGGCAUCUCGAGAGAAACAGCAGAAACAGAAAUAACUAUCAGACUGGAUGGGAUGACUUUAGGACUGGUUACCCAAGAUGCCCAUCCCAGGAGCUUUCCUUCCAUCACACCUGCAGUGGUGGCUGGCCAGACAGAUGUGACUCUCCUGGAUGGGAUGGCGCUCGUAGCAAUGGCUUUGUUAAUGGAUACCACGACAGUCGCAUGAAUGGAGGCGGAAGCUUUGGACGUGGUCCUCCUCGCAACGAUAGAAGCAGCCGCGGCAACUUCCGUGGCAACAGGGGUGGUGCUACCUUCAACCAGCCCAUGCAUAACACAAACUAUGGUGGCUUUGAAAACAAAGAUGGCGGCUGGAACACGGGUCUGAACAGGGAUGCCGCUUACUCUAGCUUUGGAGGACGUUCCGACAGGGGGAAGUCUGCAUUCUUCAGUGACAGAGGUGCAGGGUCAAGAGGAAGGUAUGACCGUGGGGGAUUUGGUGCUGGCGGAGGUGGGAUGGGAAACAGUCGGUGGGUAGAGGAGUCCAGGGAUGAAGAGGACUGGUCGAAACCUACUCCUCCCAACGAGCGUCUGGAACAUGAACUAUUCUCUGGAAGUAAUACAGGGAUUAACUUUGAGAAGUAUGAUGACAUUCCUGUGGAGGCCACCGGAAGCAAUUGCCCCGGCCCGAUCGAGAACUUCCAUGAUGUGGACAUGGGGGAGAUCAUCAUGGGUAACAUCAACCUGAGCCGCUACACCCGACCCACGCCAGUACAGAAGCAUGCCAUUCCCAUCAUCAAGGCUAAGAGGGACUUAAUGGCUUGUGCUCAGACAGGCUCUGGGAAGACUGCGGCUUUCCUUCUCCCAGUGCUGAGUCAGAUCUACACUGAUGGACCAGGAGAGGCUCUGCAGGCUUCUAAAGCCAGUGGCCAGGAGAAUGGAAAAUAUGGGCGUCGUAAGCAGUAUCCCAUCUCUUUGGUCCUGGCUCCAACCAGAGAACUUGCUCUUCAGAUCUAUGACGAAGCCAGGAAGUUCGCGUACCGUUCCCGGGUGCGCCCGUGCGUGGUGUACGGGGGAGCCGACAUUGGACAGCAGAUCCGUGACCUGGAGAGAGGCUGCCACCUGCUGGUAGCCACGCCUGGGCGUCUGGUGGACAUGAUGGAGCGGGGCAAGAUCGGCCUGGAGUACUGCAAUUACCUGGUCCUGGAUGAAGCGGACAGGAUGCUGGACAUGGGGUUUGAGCCACAGAUCAGACGCAUCGUGGAGCAGGAUACCAUGCCUCCAAAAGGUGUACGCCAGACUAUGAUGUUCAGCGCCACCUUUCCCAAGGAGAUCCAGAUCUUGGCACGUGACUUCCUGGAGGAGUACAUCUUCCUAGCUGUGGGCCGUGUGGGCUCCACCUCGGAGAACAUCACCCAGAAGGUGGUCUGGGUGGAGGAGAGUGACAAGCGGUCAUUCCUGCUGGAUCUCCUCAAUGCCACAGUCAUUCCAAGUGAGGUUCAGGAAAGUGCAACUGAAACUCCCGAGAGGCCAGGCAAGGAUUCUCUCACGCUGGUGUUCGUAGAGACUAAGAAGGGCGCCGACGCCCUGGAGGACUUCCUAUACCGUGAGGGCUAUGCCUGUACUAGCAUCCAUGGAGACCGCUCCCAGAGGGACCGCGAAGAGGCGCUUCACCAGUUCCGUUCCGGUCGCUGCCCCAUCAUGGUUGCCACAGCUGUGGCUGCACGCGGACUUGAUAUCUGCAACGUGAAGCACGUCAUCAACUUUGACCUGCCCAGUGACAUUGAGGAAUAUGUCCAUCGCAUUGGACGUACUGGCCGUGUAGGAAACCUUGGUUUGGCCACGUCAUUUUACAAUGACAAGAACAGCAACAUCACCAAAGACCUGCUGGACAUCUUGGUAGAAGCCAAACAGGAGGUUCCUUCCUGGCUGGAGAGUCUGGCGUUUGAGCACCAGCACAAGAGCAGCAACCGUGGACGCUCCAAGAGGUUUUCUGGUGGUUUCGGAGCCAGAGAUUACCGUCAGAUGUCUGGAGGUGGUAACGCCUUUGGCAGCCGCAGUGCUCGCAAUGCUGGUAGCCAUGGAGGCAGUCGAGGGUUUGGUGGUAAUAAGGGUGGCUUUGGAAAUUUUGGCAACGAUGGCUACGGUGGAAGCUACGGAAACUAUGGGGGAAGCUACACCCAAGUGGACUGGUGGGGCAACUAGAUGUCUCCGGCAGAGGGUCACCACGCCAAACGAGCAGAAUGGAAACCACAUGUUAACAUAGCCAGACUCUACGCCCUGUGUAGCUUUAAGAACUCGCAGUACAUUACACGCUGUGAUUCUCUGUCUGCAUUCUGAAUGGAGCUUGGAGAGAGAAGGGCCCAUGGCAGAUCCAGAGUGCUAACUUGUAGAUAAGAAGCAAGAUGGACAGAGUUAUGUGUUUGAAUCUUGGACUGUUUUCAACUGCACUUUUUCUUUUUUUUUUUCUUUUUUUUUUUUUUUCCUUUGUGUAGAAACACAACAAGAAACUGAGGAUCAUUUAUAUGUUCAUGUACUGUGCCUUUAAAUUUAGACCGGAAUUUUUGUUUCUUCAUUUCAGAGAAUGAACUUGGCCAAGAGCUCAAUUUGUUUAUGUUGUAAAGGCAUAUAAAAGCUUGUACUUAAUCAAACCUUGGCAAACAACGGGAUAACGUGGCUGGAGUGAGUCACGAUUCCAUUUGAACUUCAAAUUGUCACAGGGAUAUCAUGUAGCCUACAAUACUGGCCAGAGAACUAACAGCUCAUGGAACCAGCACAGAAGCGUUGGAUUCACGUGGUGAUUCCUCUGUGUGGCAACUUUGUUGUACAGGACAUAGAGUUCUGACUUUUUUUGUUUUGCUCACUCUAUCCUGGAUAGGCACCUAUUAGGGAUAUGGUUGUCUUCAAAAAGGCCAUUCCAGUUAUGAUGAAACUGUUCAUGACAAAGUGAUUUAAACACUCGGUGUUAUCUACACUUUGUUGUGUGAAAAUAUACAGAAAACAUACAGUGCUGGAACUUGUAACUCCACUUAUUUUAAUUGACUUGACAGUGUUAUGGCAGCUAGUAGGUACCACAUACUAGCCACUGUAAGUGGGCAGCGUUUUUUUUUUUUUUUUGUUAUUUUUUUCUUGAAACAUUUUGAAGGAAAAGAGGUGCAUUGUUGAGAAACUGUUUUGAAGAAAUGUUUCUUCCCGAAAACAAAAAAAAAACAAAAAAAUAUGCCUGCCAUCCUGAAGGCAAAGUUCAAAUGGCUUCAGGCGGACCAUGAUACCAAGGCGGCUGUGCCUGUCAUCGCCGCUUUGGUUGUAUACGCAUGCUAGUGUUUUGUUUUUUGGUCAAGGACGGAGGACAAAUUCUGUCACAGGCUUUCCUUUAUUACAAAUGUUUUCUCUUUUCAAGCUGCGUUGGAGGCAUGGCUCCCUUUUUCCUGGGCAGAUGUGUUUGGAGAUGGCUGAGAGUUCAUUCAUGAGGCGUUGACAGAUGCGCACAGGGUUUUGCACAGGAAGUGGGCCGCGACGAGCUGUCGGGCCGCACCGCACUGUGGUGGUCAGGAUCACUGUGGUGGCUGAAGACCAGGUUUCCUCUCCAUGUGGUACAUUUUAAUGCUGUCGUCUUCUGGAGUUCAUCUGUUCUGACGUAAACUAACCGCUGGCCUCUGAGCCAGCUUUCUGCUUCCUUUUAAAGAGGAAGGAAGCGUUGCAGAGAGGAGGGAAAAAGGCAUUUAACUUAAGUGCAAUAGAUUUUCUUCUCAAGUGUGUUGUGCCUUGACAUUUUUUUAAAAAAAAUGACGAAUUCAAGCAGAUGCACUGACAGUAUCGAGAACUUAAAGAUGAAUGGUGCUACUUAAGUUAGGUCUAGGCCCGUGUAUGUUGUGCCCAUCAAGUUUUACAGAGUUAUUUUAUUGCACAUCUAGAGUUUUAUAUAACUGUCUUGAGUACGUGUCCUCAAACUUCCACAUGUUGUGAUUGGGAAGAGAGAAACGCAGCUUGUUUACAAAAGGGGAAGGGAUCUCAAUACUUACCAGGAUUUAUUUGGGACCAGGGGGAUCAGCAGUGGGGAAUUUAGCUAUUUGCACACAGAUUUCUAGAUUCUACUUUUGCUGCUAGUUUUGUGUAAUUUAUUAAGCAUUUUUUGAGAAAUAUUUAUUUUUAUAAGCCUCAAAGUGAUUCUUUGAACGUUUCAAGAAACUUGACCAAAAGACAGUACAAAAACACUGGCACUUGAAUGUUGAAUGUCACCUGUAUGCGUGAAAUUUCUAUACUUCGGGGUAGUGUGAGCUUUUUAAUGUUUCAGACAUAUUGGACUCAGUCAGUAUCCACAGCUGUUGAAGGCCUAUAGGCCAUAUUGCUAUCAAAUUUCAAAUUGGCUCUCAAAAUUAUAAAUGGGGGGGAAAAAAUAACAUGCCAAGGUUUGGAAUAAAAUGUUCAGAAGACCUAACAAUUUCUUAAAUGUAUCGGUGCAAAAAAUGUCCAGUUUCUCCAAAUAUGUGCAUUUGUUUUCUUUAGAUUUUGGAUUUUGUUCUGUUUUAAGGUUUUUGUUUCAGUGAAUGUCUGGCACAUGGCAAUCUUAAACAUGUGGUUCUUCUGUAUUGUUGCAUUUGCAUAUAUGGUGCCUCUGGGUCCGGGCCUCUCAGGAGCAGGUGGCAAGUGCUAUAGCUAGCAAUAAGUCUUACUGUGCAUUUGCAACAUUUGAAUUCAUACCUUGCCGACAUGGAAAGAAGCGUAUCACUUGCUAGCUGUCCUGAGAGCAGCCCAGAGCACUUUAGAUUUAGUAUUUGCUUUAAUGUAGUAGUUUAGAAGCUAUGCACUGCAUGAGAAGACUCAGCUGUGCAUUUAUUGUAUGAUUUUACCAAAAUAAAAGUUUGAAAUGGUAAUUCAAAUACAAAAAAAAGCAUGUUUUCUAAAGUGUUCAGUGUAGCAUAAACUUGGAGAAAACAUGUAGCAGCUGUUAAUAGUGUGGCUAAAACCUGCUGAAGUUUGAAAUUCAAUUGGCUUACAUUUGUUUACAUAUAAAUUCAUUUUUUCCUGA